AUGGGAAGAACUAGUCUUGGCCGACCCGGAAAAUACACGGCGCAUGAGACACGGCGCAUGGGCCAUGGCACAUGGGCCACGGCACAUGGGCCACGGCACAUGGGCCACGGCACAUGGGCCACGGCACAUGGGCCACGGCACAUGGGCCACGGCACAUGGGCCACGGCACAUGGGCCACGGCACAUGGGCCACGGCACAUGGGCCACGGCGCAUGGGCCACGGCACAUGGGCCACGGCACAUGGGCCACGGCACAUGGGCCACGGCACAUGGGCCACGGCACAUGGGCCACGGCACAUGGGCCACGGCACAUGGGCCACGGCACAUGGGCCACGGCACAUGGGCCACGGCACAUGGGCCACGGCACAUGGGCCACGGCACAUGGGCCACGGCACAUGGGCCACGGCACAUGGGCCACGGCACAUGGGCAACGGCACAUGGGCCACGGCACAUGGGCCACGGCACAUGGGCCACGGCACAUGGGCCACGGCUCAUGGGCCACGGCGCAUGGGCGACGGCACAUGGGCGACGGCACAUGGGCCACGGCACAUGGGCCACGGCACAUGGGCCACGGCUCAUGGGCCACGGCACAUGGGCCACGGCACAUGGGCCACGGCACAUGGGCCACGGCACAUGGGCCACGGCACAUGGGCCACGGCACAUGGGCCACGGCGCAUGGGCCACGGCACAUGGGCCACGGCACAUGGGCCACGGCACAUGGGCCACGGCACAUGGGCCACGGCACAUGGGCCACGGCGCAUGGGCCACGGCGCAUGGGCCACGGCACAUGGGCCACGGCACAUGGGCCACGGCACAUGGGCCACGGCGCAUGGGCCACGGCGCAUGGGCCACGGCACAUGGGCAACGGCACAUGGGCCACGGCACAUGGGCCACGGCACAUGGGCCACGGCGCAUGGGCCACGGCGCAUGGGCCACGGCGCAUGGGCCACGGCGCAUGGGCCACGGCUCAUGGGCCACGGCACAUGGGCCACGGCACAUGGGCCACGGCACAUGGGCCACGGCGCAUGGGCCACGGCACAUGGGCCACGGCCCAUGGGCCACGGCACAUGGGCCACGGCUCAUGGGCCACGGCACAUGGGCCACGGCACAUGGGCCACGGCACAUGGGCCACGGCACAUGGGCCACGGCACAUGGGCCACGGCACAUGGGCCACGGCACAUGGGCCACGGCGCAUGGGCCACGGCACAUGGGCCACGGCACAUGGGCCACGGCACAUGGGCCACGGCACAUGGGCCACGGCACAUGGGCCACGGCACAUGGGCCACGGCACAUGGGCCACGGCACAUGGGCCACGGCUCAUGGGCCACGGCGCAUGGGCCACGGCGCAUGGGCCACGGCGCAUGGGCCACGGCACAUGGAACUUGGGGAAUUGA